UAUUAUGGUAUUUUUUUUUCUUUCUUGUUAAUAUUAAGUACUUCUUAAAAGAAAAGGAAAAAACAAAGAGAAAGAACAGAUGAUGGGCAUGACCAACUAAAAUAAAAACUUGAGCCUGUGGGUGGGGGUAGAGACCUUUCUCCAGCUUUACACCUCAGCAAAUCUGCUCUCAACUGUAGCAGUUACUUUUCUCCUUCAGCAUGGAGGGUACAGUUCCUCUACAUAUUUUUUAAAUAUUUUGUCAUAUUUUUUUUUAACUUAGUGCUGUGAUAUAUUGUUUGUUAAAAAUGAUACUCAAAUGUUUUAGUGUUUAAAAUGUUUUCUUAAAUAAUGGAUUUAUUUAUCACUUGGACUAUUAUGUUUUCUUGGUUUGUUAGUUAAGGAUUAUCUUGUGAUAAAAAAUUAUAGUUGAAAUGGUUGUGGUUUCCCUUCUAUCAUAGAAAGAAUUGUAGUAAACAAUAUGUCCAAUGCUCUACAGGACAAUAUCAGAUUGAAUGAAGACGACAUAGAAGAUUUUACUUCACUCGAAUAUGAAGAAGAUUGUUUCUAUGCCUUAGUCUCGAAAUCUGAAACUCCUAGUUUCGAUAUUGAAGAGAGUGACUGGGAUGAAGAAAAUGGUUCAAUGUUUGUUCUUGUAGAUGAAGAAGAAUUUGAUCCGCCUCCUUUAGAUUUACCAGAGCAGUGUACUGUUGAAACUGAAUUUUAUAACAAAAAACUUGGAAAGAAUAAGUUUAUUAAAGCUGUCCGUGUAAAAUUUCAAGAUUUGUCCAAACCUUAUCUUGCAAAAAUUACAAGUCAAAAAAACUAUACAAAAUUCUUACAAUUGGUUAAUGGAGAAAAACCACACGGUGAUAUGUCCCCAGAUUCAGGUAUUAAUGAACUUGCUGGCUUGAGUCCUGAAGAACAAGAAAGACAAAAAAAAGAAUGGGCUGACGAACUCGUAAAAGUUGAAGAAGAAAUACAAACUUUGAGGCAUGUUCUUGCUUCAAAAGUAAAAGUAUCCCAUGAACUGAAGCGUAAGCUAGGGUUCAGCGUUUGGAGAGAAUUUCAGGACGAUAUGAGCCAAGGGAUUAAAAAUGUGAAGGAAUCUAAUGUAUACCAGAAAACAGAGUCUGUGAUUAAAGCGACAACAGAAAAAACAUCCUCUAUUCUAGGAGGACUAGGAUCUGGAAUCUCAAGUAAAAUUGGCCAACUAAAAAAUUCAGAAUCUUUCCGCUCUUUUGAGGAACGGAUGGGAAGUGCAUAUGAAAACGUUAAGACUAAAGUAUCUACGUCUCGUUCAAGUUCUAUGCAGAGCUUUGACGAUGCGCUGAGGGAUGUUGAACGUGAUAUGGACAGAAAGAUCAAGAGCCCAGUUACAACCCCGACUAUCAAUGAAGAACGCCCAUCUUAAAAUUAACAUUCUUUUCUAUAAUUUUCCUACGAUGUUUCCAUCCAGAUUCUUUCAUGCUACUGUCACUAAAUUGGCAUGCCUUUCUGCAUGUAUAAAUUUUGCAAAAAUGUAAAAUUUAUAAGUUUGUAAAUCACCUUACAAUUUUCGCUUGUUUCAUUGUUUUGUCAAUUUUUUUUUUCCAUGCUUUUUUUAGUGUUAUACACAACUUUUAGUGAGCUCUAAAAUAUAUUAAUUAAAAAGAAAAAAAAAAGGCUGAUCAGUGAUUAAUGAAAUUAUCUCUGAUUAAUUAAUAUAAUUUUAAGUCAAUUUUGGGCUUACACGGCUAUGUUUAUUAUCCGAGCUAUAAGAUGUUAUUAUAUUUUGUAUGAGAUAUUGAAGUAUUCUAUCUAGUUUAAUAAUUACACUGGCAUCGUUAGUAUGUAAUAUGUUGCUGUGUUAAAAUUUUAUGUUAGUCAUAAUUAUUUUUAUUUUCAAAAUAUUUAUCAUCCCUAUUGAAACAUGAUUGCACUUUCAUGCAUGCAAUAUUUUGGUGUGUAAGUGUAUUUAUCUACUCCAAUAUAAAAAAUAUAGCAUUAUUAUUUCAUUUUUUACAGUUACCCUUAAAACCAUUUAUCAGCAAAUUAAAAUUUAUAUGAAUGGAAUAAAAAACAAUAAAAUAAUUUAUCUAAAUCAGAUUUUUAAAUUUAUUAAAUAACAUGUAUUUUUUUUUAUAUAUUCUAUAUUUACUAUAUUAUAUUAUAUUGCUGUUUAUAAUAAAUUAUUGAUAACUAUAAAAAUAUUGAAUGUUCUCUAUUAUUUGUUGAAAUAUUAUUUAUUUCCUUAGGUUAAUUUAUGAAAUAAAAAAAAGCAUAUAAAUAACACUUCUGAUGUAAUAUAUUUAGGUUUUAUUUCUAAAACUUAUUUCUUUUAUUAAACGGCUAGUGUACUUAAAAAUAUUAUUUGUGCUUAUUUCAAUCCUGAUUCAUAGUACCUGGAUAAUAAUAUCAGCUGAAUUUGGACUUCUUUAAAUUAACAUCAAAACAUUUGCUACCGUUACACAAUUAAUUAACAUAUUGCACAAUUGUACUUCAAAACUAAUUUCAUUUCCAGAAAAAAUGGUCAUUCUCAGCUUUAAAAAAAAGGAAGGGCAAUGUACUUUUUGCUCCGCAAUAAUUUAAGAAGGGUAUCGAGCCUUUCCAAUACUUUGCAGCCAUUAAAUUAAUAAUAACCCUCUAAAAGUUCAAUAAGUUGUAUAGUUAGUAAUUAUGUAAAAUUACAGGCAAUAUUUUGUUUUCCUACCAACUUCCUAAGCUUUGAAUAUUUCUCAAGUGCCUGUUGCCUGUGAUGGAAACUUUUAAAAUUCAUUUCAAGCUUGAUAAACCAAAAAUAUAUGAUACAUCGAAUCAUAUCAGUGUCUUUAAAAGACUUUUAUUUAAUUGUUUUCAUUAUUUAAUAAGAAGACUUAUUAACAAUAUACUUGUUUGAUGAUAGUUAAAAGUAAUAUUUUAAUUUCAUUCUCAAAUAGAUUCAAGACUACGUGACACACAUUCUGUUAAAAGGAUAAACUUAUUUUAUUCAAUACAAAGAAAAUCUUUAUAUAUUAUUUAUCAAAAGUGUUUGUUUUGUUUUUUGUGCACUUUACAUUAUUAAUUUUUCAUUUAAUCCAGUGAUGGAGUCAUCAUUUUGAAGAUUAUCUUCUUCAGAUGCAAAAUAUUAAGUAAACUUUCAGAGAAAAGAGUUAUGAAGAAACAAACAAAAACGGAAAAUUUGUUUGUUUACACUAUAUAUUUUUUUAUCUUCUAGAAUUUUAGUAAGAUAUAGUUUAAAUAUAUAUCGUUUCUGAAAUAACCGAUUCAAAUGUGUUAUACACAGAGAACAGAUAUUUACUAAUAAUAUAACUGAUUUAAUUUCAUGUUUAAUUUAGAUUAAAAUAACUAUAAAUAAAGUUCCACAUAGCAUAUUGCAGUUAAAGCUUUCUCAAACCAAUUACUUUAUGUAAUUGUGAGCAGUCAGAACUAUGUCACACUGCUAGUUUCUUUAUUCUUUAAUUGAUGGCACUAUAGUUCAGUUGGAACAUAGAUAACUGUUGUAAGUGAUUUCUAAAUGAAAACUCAAUUUGAUCAAAUCUGUUUGUUAGUGAGAACCUUUUCAAACCAAAGUCACGAAUUGUAAUUUACACACAUUUUGGUCUACUAUUUUGAAUCAAAAUUAAUUCUUCCCUAUCACACUUCAGUCAAGGAAUGAGGUAUAGGGUGCAUGAGCAGGGACCUAAGUAAUUCUUUCAGAAACUUGUUCAGGAUGUGAAUGUAUCAAAAGUCCUGACAUCCAAGUGAGAAGGAAAGGUCAGAAUUUUCAAUUAUUAUUUAUUAGACCAAUUCUGGCCGGAACGUCCCAGAGAUCAAUUCUUGCACCACUGCUUUACAUAAUAUACACACAUGACAUACCCCUCUCCAGUGACAGUUUGAUAUCCACCUAUGCUGAUGACACUUCUAUUAUCUCAAGAAACGAUGACCUCACACAUGCAUCAUAUACUCUACAAAAUCACCUAUAGAUCCUACACGACUGGUACAAACUUUGCUAAAUAAAACUAAAUCACAACACAUACCGUUUUCAUUCCAACGCAAGAACUGCCCUCCUGUCUAUCUUGACAAUGAACAUAUCCUCCAAUCUGAAAAAGUACACUACCUAGGUCUUACAUUUGACAGAAGGAUGACAGGGGCUCACACAUCACCACUAAGUGAAAGACACUAAAUCAACUAUUUGACUAUUAUAUUCUCUUCUGGAACAUCACUCAAAACUAGACCUAAGACGAAAACUUAACACUUACACUUAGGUACUAAAACCAAUUUGGACGUACGCUUCACAAAUAUAUAGGAAUUUCUAAAAAAACACAUCCAGAAAAUUCUCCACAACGAUUUACACAUGCAAACCGUCACUGAACACAUACAAAGGUUUCACAACAAGCUUUAUGGUUAUUCCAAUGGACUCGUCCAAGAAAUGGCCUUGGAUUUGAGUUAAAAGAGAUCUUGAUCAACCAUUAACAUGACUGAAGAUUACUUCUACUCUUAUUAAUUUUAUUGAAAGAUUUAUUUCGUGUGUAUUAUUCAUAUUUUUCAAAGUUAUAUGUAAUGUUAUUAUAGUGUUGAUAAUAAAAAUAUGUUUAUAGGUCAAAGAUCAUUAUUGAAUAAAGAGUGAGUCUUGAUGCUGCAAUAUUGUUUUUUAUUUUAACUAGAAUAUGUUACAUUAAAUAAUAGUUUCAUGAAUAAUUGUAAUUAUUUUAUCAUAAUAUAAGAUAAAAAAAAAUUACAUUUGUAAUGAAGAUCAUUCAAUAGAAAUGGAGAAUUUAUUAAUUCUGUGUAGAUUUUUUUUAUUCUACCAAAUAUUGGAACCAUUUCCUUUUUAUUUUUGCUCUUAUACUCACACCAGAAUGCUUCUGUACAGGAACUACAAGAUCCAAUGUAUUUUUUUUUUUUUUUCAAAUAAAUGUAUUUAAACAAAAAGUUAA